UGGUAACGAGUACUGCACGCGCAACCUUCCGCGCGGCCUGAAUCUCUUGGCGCGUGUCAGCGGCUGUCAGAGACGUUCACAACUGAUAUUUAGGCGGGGACAUGGAGGCCCUUACGUGGAUGUUAUUUGGGAUUAUAUUCUCCCUUGUACAGUGUAAAGAACUGACAUUUUCUACUGUAUUGAAUGAACCUUACAUAUACAAGGAUGCAGAUGGACAGUAUGUGGGAAUGCUUCCGGAACUUUUCUCGGAGAUGGGCUACAACGUGACAGUAACUGAGGCAGACGUAUACGGCCAGCUGCUUCCCAAUGGCUCAUGGACUGGAAUGAUGGGAGACGUCAUUAACAAGAAUGCGGACUUCGCGGGUCCGUUGACGGUGGUCGGUCGGCGCGCGGAGCAUGUCGAUUUCUCAUCUCUUUUCACGGCAGUAGGACCGGUUAUCCUGAUGCGAAAGCCUCCUAACGAAUCCAAGCCUCUAAGAGAGAAACUGUCACUUCCAUUCCGUCCAAUGGAACUUUCCGCCUGGCUUAUGCUCAUCCUAGCGCUGUUGGUAACGGGGACGGUGCUUUACAUCAUCUCACACUUCAACCCGUACGAGUGGCGGAGGAUGGCCAAGGACCGCGAGGCGAGUCUACGCGAACAGGAGUCCUUCACUUGUCUCAACUCAUUCUGGUUCAUCCUCAGUGCGCUCGCCCUCCAAGGUUAUGCGCGUGCCCCGCGGUCGGUGGGCGGGCGGCUGGUUGUGCUGGGUUGGUGGGCGUUCCUUCUCCUCUUCCUCUUCUUCUAUAUCGCCUCCCUCAUCAACGUCAUUCACGAGCCUCCCCAACCCUUCGCCAUUCCCGGAUACUCCAAGAUCAAAAGCUUUGAGGACCUAGCGAACAACGACCAAAUCGGUAUCGGCAUCCUCAGAUUUGGCACCACGGAGAAAAUGUUCGAAGAAUCAUCUGAUCCAAUCGACAAACGAAUAUAUGAGAAAAUCAUUAAAACGAGAAAGGAAAUGAAGAAGCAACUGAACACAACAAAGGACCUGGUAAAUUAUCUGCGUUCAAGAGAGUAUUCUGACUUUGCGGCGAUAAUGGAGUCGGACGCAGCUACGUUUGUAACAAACACGUUGCCUUGCAACUUAUACAUGGUCACUGAGGGGAUAGUCACGAAGGGCACGGGAUUCGCUUUUGAAAAGGGAUCAUCGUUACAACGAGAGUUUAAUAUGAAUUUGCUCAAAGCACAGGAGUCUGGUUUGCAAAGAAAACUAGAGAAAAGAUGGACUCGGUCGAAAUGUUCAGCCGCGGCGUACAACCCCAUGCUGUACGACGAGACCAACAGGGUUGUAUAUUUCGUAGGGUUGGCGGACCUGGCUGGUGCACUGCUUAUUCUGAUCGUAGCCAUUGUUCUUGGGGGUAUCGUUACAAUAGCGGAGAUAUGCAUCUACAAGUGUGCGGAAACUACCGUAGACGACGAUGAUGUUGACGACCACGUGCGCGCGAACCAGAGGCUUGACGCCAGCGACAUGCUAUUGGCUGUCGACUCAAAGAAGGGCGGAGCUACUCAAGUUUGAAUGGAAAUCAAUUUAAAUGGACGAUAGCCAUUUUAGCCUUAACAUAGAAGAGAUUUCAGCUGGAGUUCCAAGUAUACUUAAAGAUUGAAAUGGGUCGCCACUGUCUUUGUGAGAAACGUAUUUCCCAUCUGAAACGAACAUUUUGGUGCUAACAUUAUCAUUAUAUGUAAUGCUGACCUCUUUUCAAAGAUAUGUUUAUCUUUGUUAUGUUUAACUAGUUGCCCCUAAUGUUUUUUUGUUUCACAAUUCCACCUUGUUGUAUGCGCGAUUUUAACAUUUUUCUUAGCGCCGUGCUUGACCACGUGACGUAUGUUUUUGGUGACGUGUACUUUUUACUAUAUUUAUAAAUUUUGUGAUAGUACAAAGUUUCAUGAAUAGACAUACUAAUUACGUGCAUAUCAAAAUGCAGGUUUCAUCUGACAUUUUCAUUUGACUUCUAUCGUUAGGUAGCCAGUUCAAUUAUAAACUUAUAAUAUAUACUAAUCAUAUAAUACUCGUUUGUGUAUAUUGCACACAUGUUUGUAGUUUGAUUGCUGUGUUCGUCUUGAAAAAUAUAAACAA